AAAAAAAAAUAAUCAAGCUCUUACAAAAUGUCCUUGACCAAGAACGCAAAGAGUAACAUCUUGGACUUGACUCCAACUGAUGUCCAACAAAUGUUGGCUUGUGAAUGCCACAAGGGUACCAAGAAUUUGGAAACUGAUAUGCAAAAGUAUGUCCACGGUAGAUCCCAAAAGGACGGUACUCACGUCAUCAACGUUGCUAAGACCCACGAAAAGUUGUUGCUCGCUGCUAGAGUCCUUGUUACCAUUGAAAAUCCAAAGGAUAUCUGUGCUAUCUCAAGCAAGCAAUACGGUCAUAGAGCUGUCCUCAAGUUCGGUUCUUACACUGGUGCUAACUAUUUGGCUGGUAAAUUCACUCCAGGUACUUUCACCAAUCAAGUCCAAGCUAAGUUCAUGGAACCAAGAGUCUUGAUCGUUUCUGACCCAAGAAGCGAUUAUCAAGCUAUCAAGGAAGCUUCCAAGGCUAACAUUCCAGUUAUUGCUUUCGCUGAUACUGAUUCUCCACUCAAGUUCGUCGAUAUUGCUAUCCCAGUCAAUAACAAGAACAAGAACUCCAUUGCUUUGAUGUACUGGAUGUUGGCUAGAGAAGUUUUGAGAUUGAAGGGUGUUGUCUCCAGAAAGAAGGAAUGGGAUGUCAAGCCAGACUUGUUCUUGCACAGAGAUCUCGAUGAAAAGAAGGAAGAAAGAGAAGCUAAGGAAUCUCAAGAAACCAAGGUUCAAGCUGUUGUUGCUGCUGAAACUACUGAAGAAGCUGAAGAAUACGAAGGUGAAGGUGGUCAAACUGCUGAAUGGGGUAUGGAUCAAUAAGUGCCCAAUCUGAUUUAAAUAUAUAAACAAAAAAACUUAUUUUAA